UCUGGAUUGACGUCUCACUAGAAAUAAAUUGUUGAGAAUCCACUAAUUAGGGUUUCAUCGUUCUUCCGUUAGGCCGUCGCUCUCUUGGCUCAAAGCAGCUCCUCCUCAUCCUCUGCCCUCCUCCGAAGAGUGGUUCUCCAUCAUGGCUGAACAGACGGAAAAGGCGUUUUUGAAGCAGCCGAAGGUGUUUUUGUGCUCGAAGAAAUCUGGGAAGGGUAAAAGGCCUGGCAAGGGCGGAAACCGUUACUGGAAAAGCAUUGGUUUGGGGUUUAAGACGCCCAGGGAGGCAAUCGAAGGUACCUAUAUUGAUAAGAAAUGCCCCUUCACCGGCACUGUUUCCAUCAGGGGCCGUAUUCUUGCAGGUACCUGCCACAGUGCUAAGAUGAUGAGGACAAUCAUUGUUCGCCGUAACUAUCUCCAUUAUGUGAAGAAAUACCAGAGAUAUGAGAAAAGACACUCGAAUAUACCUGCGCAUGUAUCGCCUUGUUUCCGUGUGAAAGAGGGCGACCAUGUGACCAUUGGCCAGUGCAGACCAUUAUCCAAGACAGUGAGAUUCAAUGUAUUGAAGGUAAUGGCUGCUGGAUCAUCUGGCACGGGGAAAAAGGCUUUCACAGGAAUGUAAGGUUCAUAUAUCUCCCAGUAGAAGGGGUAGAAAUAUCCAAGGUCGAUGUCUAGUUUUCACCUCAGCUGUGGUGUUUUGGUAAUGUUCGAGUUUUAGAUCAAGAUGUAGGGGGAUUAUAGCCAUGCGACCUAUAGCUAAUAUAUGGCUUAUUUUGACCUGCAGCUUGUAGCACUUCAUCAUUGCAGUCUAUGGUUUUUUUUGUUUUGAGUCAAGACAAGAUAACUUUCUUUAGCUCGGUUUGUUGGAGUUUUUGUCAUGAAACCCUUGGAAUAACUAAGAUAGGUUUGGGCCA